AUGACUGCAGUUCCAACAGCAGCAGAAACACCAUUCACAACAGUGUUCCAAACAGCUGCAAACACUCCAUUUGAUACAGUGUUUAUGACAGCGUUUCGCACAGCAGAGGAAACUCUUUUCAAAACAGUAUUUGAAACAGCGAAAGAGACACCACUCAACACUGCAUUCGAAACAUUCAAAGAAACUCCAGUUAUAACUCCUUCUCUCACAAACAAGGAAACACCAUUUGAAACAGUCCAUUUGACUCCAUUUUCUACAUUUGUAGAGACACCGUACAAAACACCAUUUCUUACAAGCAAAGAAACACCAUUUUCAACUGUAAAAUACACAGCGAAAGAGACACCAGUUGAAACAGUCAAAUUCACUGAGAAAGAAACUCCGGUGGAAACUGUUUUCAUGACUCCGAAAUCAACAUUUGAGCCAACAAACAUCCCAAGGACUCCUCAAGAAACAAAUCCACCGCAAACACCAGGAGAAACACCAAAUCCAACAACUCCUGUUCCUUCGAAUUCCCCUCUUCCUGAAAAUAUCAAUUAUGCAAAUGAGGAUCCGAAAUACAACAGCAAAUUGAAGGCAGCAACAUGGGGAGGAAUCUCUGCAGGUGUUGUGAUAAUUGCAACAAUAAUUACGAUUGUCAUCAUUAAGUUUAGAAGGAAAUCAAUAAUAAGAGUUCAGAAAAUAGAAGCAAAGACAGAAAAUUCUGUUGCAACUGACUCCUAUGAUUUCUCAAGUGAAGAAUUCAUGCCAAAUGAACCUUUUGAUAUAAAAGGAGAUGAAGAAGUUCAGCCUGAAUCUGAAGUUUUCGUUGGAGAACAUCAGAGAGAAAAUGAAUCUGACAUUGUUCUUGAUAUUCCUGAACUCAAAGUGAAUGAUUCCAUCGUUGAUGGAGCUUUCAAACAGAACAACAAUAUUAACUAUAUGUUAUAUUAA